AUGCCCACAGGAGAGAUACCUUAUCAAUGGCAGGAGAGUGGGAAAGCCAUUUCCCACCUGGCUUUUAUAGCUGAACAUGCAGGAAAUCAUACAGGAGAGAAACCUUAUCCCUGUCAGGAAUGUGGGAAAACAUUCAUGACAUCUUCUAACCUCGCUCAGCAUAGAAGAAUUCACUCUGUAGAGAAACCGUAUCCAUGUCAGGAAUGUGGGAAAGCCUUCAGAAGGUCUUCACACCUAGCUCAGCAUAGAAGAACUCACACAGGAGAGAAACCUCAUGUAUGUAAGGAAUGUGGGAAAGCCUUCACAGAAUCACAUCACCUCAUGCAACACGUCAGAGUUCACACUGGAGAGAAACCUUAUCCCUGUAAGGAAUGUGGGAAAACAUUUGCUCUAUCAAGUCAGCUCUAUGUACAUCUGAGGAUUCACUCAGGAGAGAGACCUUAUGAGUGUACGGAAUGUGGGAAAACCUUCACCCGAUUAUGUCACCUCACGGAACAUAGAAAAAUUCACACAGGAGAGAGACCCUAUGAGUGUCAGGAAUGUGAGAAAACCUUCCGCAAAUCGCAUCACCUCACUCAACAUCUUCGAGUUCACACGGGAGAGAAACCUUUUCCCUGUAAGGAAUGUGGGAAGGCAUUUUCACAACCAAGUCACCUCACUCAACAUCUUCGAGUUCACACAGGAGAGAAACCUUAUCCCUGUAAGGAAUGUGGGAAGGCAUUUUCACAGCCAGGUCAGAUCACUGAACAUCUGAGAACUCACACAGGAGAGAGACCUUAUGAAUGUCAGGACUGUGGGAAAGCAUUUGCUCAUUUAAAUACCCUCAUUAAACAUACAAGACGUCACACAGGGGAGAAACCUUAUGGGUGUAAGGAAUGUGGGAAAACAUUUUAUCAAUCAAGUCAGCUCACUGCACAUCUCAGAACUCACACAGGAGAGAGACCUUAUGAAUGUCAGGAUUGUGGGAAAGCAUAUGCCUAUUUAAAUUCCCUCAUUGAGCACAGAAGAUUUCACACAGGAGACAAACCUUAUGAAUGUAAGGAAUGUGGCAAAACGUUUUCUCACCGUUCUUCUCUAAGUCACCACGCAGGAAUUCACAGAAGAAAUAAACCUUAUUAA